AUGGCGUAUAUGAAGAUAAAUUCAUCAUCAUUUUUCUCUGCCACGGACUUUUUAUGGGUUUCUUCAAAUGUACCAUCUUUCACAGCUUCUUUGUAUACAAGGACAAUAUUAAACAAUAAACCAUGGAUUACAUCAUGUAAAUAUGUCCGUUGGCAAUCUAUGGUUCCAUUUAAGCGAUCUCAUCGGCAUUCAUCUACAGUAUCAAGUCAACGAUCAUCUCUUUAUGAACAAACUAUUAAUAAAGAUAAAACAUAUCAUGCAGCACAAGCAGUUUCGUUAGGCAUUGAAAAUCCUCCUCUCUCUGAAAAAGAAACUUUUACAUCAAAUGCUAAAGAUAUUUCUACAGAAACAUCUCCACCUCUUACUAAACAAGAAGGCAAAAAAGAUAAAAAAAAAACACUUUGGCAAAAAAUAAAGGGAGAAGCACAGCAUUACUGGGAUGGAACAAAACUUUUGGGUGCUGAGACGAAAAUUUCAUAUAAGCUUGCAUUAAAAAUGGCAGCUGGUCAUGAAUUAACUAGACGAGAACAUCGACAGCUUCAACGUACAGUCAAGGAUUUAGUCCGCCUUGUGCCAUUUUCUGCCUUUAUUUUAAUUCCUUUCGCAGAAUUACUUCUUCCACUAGCAUUAAAAUUAUUUCCUAAUAUGCUUCCAUCUACAUACGAAGCAGACAAAGACAAAGAAAAAAGGCAGACUAAACUUAGUGAUACACGGAAAAGCGUUUCACAAUUUUUAAGAGCAACUUUGCAGGAAAGUGGCUUACCAUUUAGCACAACAACAAAACAACGCCAAGAGUUUACUGAAUUCUUUCGAAAAAUUCGUAGUGGAAAAGAACUCCCUUCACAAACAGAUGUCAUUAAUGUAUCGAAGCUAUUUAGAGAUGAUAUAACAUUAGAUAAUCUUUCUCGUCCACAGCUUGUUGCUAUGUGUCGUUACAUGAACUUAAAUACAUUUGGAACAGAUCCUAUGCUUCGAUACCAGAUUAGACACAAAAUGCGAAAAAUUAAGUCAGAUGAUAAGGCUAUUUGGUAUGAAGGUGUAGAUACACUUUCUGUCCCAGAAUUACAAGUAGCUUGUGCAAAUAGAGGAAUCCGUACUCAUGGACUAAGUCCUGCAAAAUUAAGAGACGAAUUAGAACAAUGGCUUGAUUUACGUUUAAAACAUGGUGUACCAAGUACUCUUUUGCUUUUAUCAAAUGCAUUUAUGUAUGAUCAAGAUGAUCAGUCAGAUAGACAUUAUAACGCUUUAAUUGCUACAUUAUCAAGUUUGCCAGAUGAAUUAUACCAUGAAACAGAAUUAAAUGUACAAGAUAAAGAAGCAACAAAUAAACAAAGGCUAGAAGUUAUUAUGGAGCAGGAGGAAUUGAUUGCAUCUGAAAGUAAACAAAAAGAAAAGGAUAGCAACGAACAAGUACUUAAAGACAAUGAAAAUUUAGAUGAAGAAGAUAGACAGCAAAAUAAACGUAAAAACUAA